GAAAUAAAAUAUCUGGGUCAACAACCGACAUUAUGCUAAGAAUAAAUCACCUACUUAAGAUACCUGUUUGCUUGGUGUUAUCACCCACCUUCAGACGACAUAGGGAAACUUGUCAAGUUUUGUUUCAGAUUUCUACCACAAUUUCUACGGAUUGGGUGAUAAUUUGUGAUAGCGUAUGGAUUCACGAAGCAAUUGAAUGGGCUCGCGUCCAUCGACAGAUAAGCACAAACAGGAGGCAACGGGGACUCCCUCUCACAGUGAUCAAAAUCAGUCACAUAAAAAAGGUGCCACAUGCACCGCUGAUGACAUUCACGGAAAUAGAGAUUUAAAUACUAAACCAGAAAAAGAAUUGAAAGACAAGAUAGAUACUGGAUCAUUCAAAGCAAAGACUACAUCUCUCACAGGAAAAGCAGUUAAAAUGACAGACACAUCUCAAGAAAAACCAGGUGUGCACAAAAGUGUAGUACAUGUAGUUGUAUCUACUGACCGAUCAACGAAGGACCUAAACCACAAUUCAGAGGAUGAUAAAGAGCCUACGGGUCAACCCAGAAAAAACCUGAAAAUCGUUUCGAAAAUAGAUACAACAUUAAGAAGACUUGACGAUGGAAAUUUACAGGACAAACUAAGAUUGAUGGAAUGGCUUCAGAAUAAGACGAAAGAUCUGAAUAUGAAAGUGCAGCACAGUCACAAAAAUACCAAAGAUGUUACUAACAACGCUGCCGGCGAGGAAGGUGAACAAAAUACAGAUGGUGACUGGUCGAAAGUUCAGCAGAAAAUAAGAGACUACAAAUCGGCGAAACAAGAGCUACUCAACGUAGUCUCAGAAAUCGCAGGUGCCCGUCUCAAGAACAACAAUCCCGCCAUUGCCGAUCUCAGUGAUAAAAACAGAGCAAGCAAAUUGGCGGAGAGAUUUUCCGAACUUUACGAUAACGAAUGGACAGACGUAGUAGAGCAACUCCGAUGUACCGAUAACGGGAAAAAACAGACUAAAAAAGCUGAGGAAGAGUUGGAAGAAAAGUGCAUUCACUUCAUGGUUGAUCUUGUUAAAGUCACAUAUGAAAAUUGUCAGAAGAAAGCUAAAAGUGAUCUUGACAAAAUGAUAGACAUUGUUGUUAAAUCAACAACUUCUGCUGCUGCUAACGUUGACGUUUCUAAGAGAUGUAAAGACUUCAUGAAGCUGCAGAUGUCUUCUGGAGAAAGUCUUAAGCCUGUCAUAAAGUUGGUUAGGGGAGAAGUGGAUGAAUCAGCAGCACUAAAAAACAAAUACUCCGACUUCAAUAAAGUCCUGGAGGAAAACAGACAUUACAUUCGCUACCGUGCGAGCUGUGUGGAAUUGUGUUGGUAUAUGUGCCUACAGGACCCUCCUGUUGCUAUGAUGGCGGACAUCACGACAAAGUCUACCAAGGAUCACUUCCGGGCCUACACACGUUCUGGAAAGUACCUGGGCUUCGUCGUGUGGCCAGCACUUCUUCUUCACGAAAACGGGCCCUUGUUGUACAAGGGUGUAGCGCAGUACACCAAUGCGGAACCAGAACAACUUCCUAAAUCCGAGUCUACAAAAAUAUAAACUUCAGGAUAUAAUGUUUAGUCUUACUAUGACGUGUUUUCUUCUUUCUCUUACUGCAGAACAAUGACCUGUAAACACUUGUAAGCAUCUAAAAUAUAUUCGAUGAAUGAUGUUUGAGUCAAUUGAUUUACUACUGAUUUGAUAGAACACUACAAAGCAUGCAGCUUACAGCUGAAAGAUAAUGCGGAAUUCUUAGAUAAAGCAUUUAUUUUAAAUAAGGGAGAUCUAUCAUUAAGGUAGUAUGUAGUCUUAUGUGUCUGAUAUUGUCAAAUCUAUUUUAAGAGUCCGCCUACUGGAAGCUGCAAAAAUGGUCUCUUAACAGCGAUGGUUUCGUUAGGGAGUAUAAGUAGAUAUGUAGAUGUCCGUCUUGUAUAUUUUACAGUAUUAUUGUAAAAGAACAGCUUCUUACUUACAUCACGGAGGACAUGACCUAAAUUGAUAGUUAGCUUACAUUUAAGUGUAAUACAACAGAACAUCAUACGUAUCGGUAUGCGAGUUGCAACACCUGUGAAUUGAAUGAUUGAGUUCCUGGUUGACGAUAUAUAUAUAUGUUGAGCUCGAUGGCAACUUUUUCCAGCACACUGUAGGCAUUCCUACAGGAAAAAUAUGUGCACCUCUUCUAGCCGAUUACUUUAUGUUUUCGUACGAAGUUGAGUUUAUUGAUAAGCUUAUCAGGACUAGUUACAAAAACCUAGCCAAGUCCUUCAAUUUCACUUUGAGAUAAAUAGGUGAUGUGCCGUCUGUGAAUAACAAGAAGUUCAUUGACCACAUUGAUUGUUUAUACCAGUCAGAGCUUGAAAUCAAGGACACAACGGAUUCUUCAACUUCAUCCGCUUUCCUCAAUCUUUACUCACAGCAUGACCAACAGGGACGGCCUACGUCUAAGCUGUACGAUACACUUUGUGUGAUAUGAAGGUCGAUGGUUUUGUAUUAUAAUCACUAGAGUGCCUUGUGGCUUUAUUGCCACUUCCCGAGUUCUCGAUGCGAGGACGUGACAUUAGUUAGAUUCGACUUGGAUUUACAUGGCAGGUGUCAUUGAUGAAGCAAAGGACGCUUACCCUUCCGGAACACUUGGUCUAACGCUUACCCUUCCGGAACACCUGGUCUAAUCAUCCCUGUACUUUUUCAAGCGUCUCCAGUCGUAUUUUAUUUGUUAAUAUUUUUGUAUUACACCAUUUGAUCAUUUGAUCAGUUUAAGACUCAUAAGUGAAUCAUAAGAUAGAAAAUGAACGUCUAAUAUAUUCCAAAUUAAAUGUUAAAAGAUAGGAUACGAUUUGUUUCAAUACAUUUAUUCAUAAUUUUUGUAUUGAUUCACUUGACCUCAUGUAUUCAAGAUAAAUUAUUUACUAUAAUAAGCAUUCGGUUACAAGCUAACUGAGGGGGAUAUGCAUGUCUUAUAAACGUAACUACUGUUUGUUUAUGUAUUUUGAUUUUUUAUUGUGUUACAGUGUGAUAUUUUAUUUUUUAUUGUUUAUUGGUGACUGUU